GUUAUAAAAUGAAGACUUUCACAGCAGUUGUUGUUUUGUCUGUCUUGUCAUUUUUGCACGCACAAAAUGAAAACAAUUACAAAAGACGAGCGAGAGUUUUCUUGGAACCGCUCACAACCGAAAACACUACAGAAAAAUUUCAGCCAAUUAUUUCCAGCAACAACGAAACAGACAUCGAAACAUCUGUUUCUGCCAGCAACGACACCGAAGGACGGAGCAUCGAUUUAGAUCUUUUCGAUUUUAAAGGUAGUAGCAGACAGGGGCGAAUCAUUAACGAUAGAAAAAAGGUCAAAGUCAGUGGAUUCAUUCCUUUAGUCACCCUAGACGAUGUGGAUAAAUCCGAAGAAACACCUCAGGAGUCCAUCUACGAUUAUCCGAUAUAUAAACCCGAAAAAUCUGCUUUGCCACCCAUCAUAAAUGCUCAUAAGCAGUUCAUAAGUCAAGGAGAUUCUCAUCCGUCCGAUGUACAAGCGAACUUCGACAACAGGAAGUUAUCACCAAUAUAUCCAGGAACACCUGGCAAAUAUCCUUCGAGUUCGAUCGAUCGUCCUUUGUAUCAAGAGAAAGUGGUCGAUACUCACAGACCCAUCUACCCUCAUCCACAAAGCCACCAUUUUCCCGACAAAGAACCCAAAUAUAUAGAACAUAUCCACAGACCAAAUAUCAACCAACUUAUUCCCAAACGGGAUCAAUGCAUUUGCGUUCCUUUCUACCUGUGCAAGAAUGGAUUUCUGCAGGAUUUCGGCCGAAACAAAGAUCUCGUGGACGAAAGAAGCGCCAAUGUAGGAGCCGUUUAUUUCGACCAGAAAAACCACACGCAAAACUCGGAGGAUGUGGCUCAGGAAAGAAUCGUUAACGAUAAAACUAAUGCCACAAAACAUCAAACGGACUUGGCGGAUUAUGCUUCCGACGUCAUGGCUCGAUUCAUCGGUCUACCCGACGAUGGAUGCGGUUAUAUGAGAAUAUGCUGUAAAAUUCCACCCGUCAUAUCGCCCGUUGGAUCUCUUCCUCCUCUUCAUCCCAAUCCGAUUCAUCAGGUGAUUCCCGAAAUUCAUCAUCCUCAUCCGAAUCCCGUUAACCAGCCUUUGCCACCCAUCGUCAGGCCUCCUCUUUUUCCGAAUCCCAGCAUCGGUUUGCCAAAACCCAAACCUGUUUAUCCGGGCGAAAUAGGCAUCCAUCCCGGACAUUUCCACAAAACCUGUGGUGUUAGAAAUGCCGUCGGAAUUCACGGAAGAGUACAAAAUUUGCAGUAUUACGAUGAUUCUGCAGAAUUUGGAGAAUAUCCCUGGCACGUUGCCAUUUUGAAAAAAACCGGCCCUUCCGAAAGUUUGUACGUUUGCGGAGGAGUCCUCAUCCAUCCUCAAUGGAUCGCAACAGCGGCUCAUUGCCUUAAAAAGCACGGCCCGGAUGAUAUCGUAAUUCGUUUAGGAGAAUGGGACGUUCACAGAGGAGACGAAUUCUAUCCCUACAAAGAAAAAUACGUGGCUGACAUUAUCGUUCAUCCCCACUACUUUCCGGGAAAUUUCGCUAACGACAUAGCUCUUAUUAAGAUGGAUUCUCCUAUGGAUCCAAAAUUACCCCACAUCACACCCGCUUGCUUACCAGAACCCCACGAAUUAUUCGUAGGACAAAGAUGUUGGGUCACAGGAUGGGGAAAAAGCGCCUUCGGUCACAAAGGUGAGUACCAAAGCGUAUUGAAAGAAGUAGACGUGCCAAUUUUGAGCCACAAAGAUUGCCAGCAUCGCCUUCAUCAAACUCGUCUCGGUCCGUACUAUCGUUUGCAUCCCAGUUUCGUUUGCGCCGGGGGAGAACCCGGCAAAGAUGCUUGCACCGGUGACGGAGGAAGUCCUAUGGUUUGCGAAGUCCACGGAAUCUGGAAAGUAGUAGGAUUGGUAUCCUGGGGGAUAGGUUGCGGAAUACCUGGAAUUCCGGGCGUAUACGUCAACAUGGCAAAUCUUCGACCAUGGAUAGAAAAUAUCAUUCAUAAAAUCGGAUCAUUGUCCAUCAUUCGAUUUCCUAAUUUUCCUUUAAUCGAAGUGUUUGGAAGAAAAUGCCAAAUGAAAAUCCUGUUUUCCUCUGGUCGCUCGCUCGACAUGAAGUACUUAACGAUCUUCUUGGCAAUCGGAUACGCGAUUGCUCAGGACGAACAAUUCGGCGGUUCCGAAGGAGGUACCGAUGGUAAAUUAGGAGGAGCGGAUUACGAGUCGGCCAUUCCAAAUCCAGGAUUAAGUACAAAUCCAGAUCCGAUCCCGGAUCAGAGCGCGGAUUGCUUGUGCGUGCCUUAUUAUCAGUGCAAGGAUGGAGAAAUAAUCAACGACGGCUCGGGCAUCAUCGACGCUAGGAAGAAACCACCCUUGAAAGAAGAAUUGCCACUCGAUAAGCAUUUCGAGCCGCCAUUUUGCGGGGCCUUCCACGUAUGCUGCAAAGCGCCAGAAUCGAGUACCGCUAGACCCUACGAACAUAGAUGCGGAGUUCGCAAUCCCAGCGGUAUAAACAGUAGAAUUCUAUCCCCGGGAAAGAAGGGAGAAUCCGAUUUUGGAGAGUGGCCCUGGCAGGCAGCCGUCUUAAAAGUAGAAGGAAAGGUCAACUUGUUUCAAUGCGGGGGUGUUCUAAUCGAUAAGAGACACGUCCUUACGGUAGCACAUUGCGUUUUCCAUUACAAGGGACUCAACCAAUAUCCACUCAAAGUUCGUCUGGGCGAAUGGGACACGCAGAACACGGACGAAUUUUUGGCCCACGACGAUUACAACGUGGAGAAAAUCAUCACUCAUCCCGAAUUCCGUAACAAUAGUUUAUGGAACGAUAUCGCCGUUUUGACAUUAGACAGAGACGUCAUCUUCGUCCCUCACAUAGAUACUAUCUGUUUACCCAAUUACAAAGACAUCUACGAAGGACAAACCUGCGUUGUGACGGGAUGGGGAAAGGAUGCUUACAAGGGUGGUACUUAUUCCAACAUUCUUAAAGAAGUCAACAUUCCCGUUUUGGAUAAUCCUAAAUGCCAGGAAUUACUCAGAGAAACUAGAUUAGGAAUAUUCUACAAACUUCACGAAGGCUUCAUAUGCGCGGGAGGAGAAAAGGGGUUGGAUUCUUGCAAGGGCGACGGAGGAGGACCUCUGGUGUGUUACAGACCCGACGGAACCUACGCUCUAGCGGGUUUGGUUUCGUGGGGAAUCGACUGCGGAUUGGCGGGAGUACCCGGUGUCUACGUUCGAGUCCUGAAGUACGUAGAUUGGAUCGUACAAAACACGGGAGGACGUCUAGAAGAUUACUGGCCAAUCGGAAGUUAAACAAAAUCAUUUUUAAACUUUUAAAAAAGUGUUCUUACGGAACAAACUCUUGUAAAUAUCGAUCGUUAUUCGACCAGUGUUACUGCCUUCGUAUUUUCAUAUAUAAUAAAUAUUUUUCUCAAA